GGAAAAUUUUCAGAAAGACAAAGAGACGAGAGGAGACGGACGGGUCAGUUAGACUGAGUCAGUUUAGGUAGUCAGUGUCAGUGUUAGACUAAUGGAUCCUCUCUGCAGCAGAAAAAGGCCCUGUGGCAGAGCUGUCCUCCAGCUGCACCAGGAGGCACGGUGUCAGCCCCCAGCCUGUAAGAGGAGGAGGAGCGAGGAGGAGGAGGAAAAGGAGGAGGAGAUGAAGAGGAGGAGGAGGAGGAGGGGGACAGGCUAUGAGGAGAAUAGAGAUCCAGGAGAAGGUCUUCAGAGGACCAGGAUCAGGACCCAGAGAGAACACAGAUGUUUGUCUCUCUGCAGGUCUCCACAAACCGGGGCUAGAACCAAAGUCAGGACUGGAUCUGGAUUCAGGUCUGGAGCUGAGGUCCAGUCCAGCAGACAGCAGGUCAGAGUGGCCCUGAUCAGGAAGACCAGGAUGCAGACCUCAGUCCAGACUGUGGAGCUCAGAGGGUCUGAGCUGGUUCAGGGUUUGAUCCUCACAGACCAGACUGAUCCAGGAUCCACAGAGACCCAGCUGGACCACAGGAGACUGACUCAGGACCGACAGACCAGGACCACAUCCGAGGUCAGGUCCAGGUCUACAUCAGACCCACAGAGGACCGCAGGUCUAGUCUCAAAACAGUCCACAGAGACUGGGACCGGCAAAAGGAGGUCUGAGAGAGUCCUGGAUCCAAAGUCCUUGACAGGAAAGGAGGGAGCACCCAGAACCAGGUCCAGAUCUGUGGGGAGGAGAACUAAGACCAGGAUCAGGAGGAGGAGGAAGAUCCACCCAUCUGUGUUCAGAGGGAGAGGUCAGUUGUUGCUGUCAAUCACUGCAGGGGCAGGACAGCUCAUCAUUCACAUCCAUGAGGCCCGGGGGCUGAUGGGAAAAUGUCAGAGGUCAUGUGACUCAUAUGUUCAGCUCUCAGUGACCUCUGACCUCAGCAUCAGGAUGAAAACUGCAACUGUUCUGAACAACAAGAACCCACAAUACAACCAGAGAUACACACUGUGUGUCAGUGAACUCCUCCUCAACAGGUUGUUGGUGUCAGUGUUCAGGAGACGGACUGACAGCAGGUGCAGUCAGCUGAUUGGCUGUAUGAGCUUUGGGAUUGGUUCUCUCGUCUCAUCCUCUAAGCCAGUCACUGGUUGGUUCUACCUCCUGGGGGAGGAGUUUGGACGGAGCAAACACCUGAGGGUGGUAUCAGAACGCAGCCAACCAAUGAGGAGGCCAGAGGAGGAGGAGGGAGACCUCAGGAGGACUCCAGACUCUGCUCCGGAUCCAGACCUGAACCGCAUCACCUCCACCGCCACGACCAGCCUGUCAAACUGCACCACCUCCACCCCCGGACUCGAAGACCUGACGAACCUGACCUGGACCUCCAGCCGCCCCCUCAGCUCCGGUCCAACCAACUCCACCUUCAGCAGCUACGUCUCCGCCCUCUACAUCAACAACAACCAGGUCCUGUCAGACCAGGACGGCACCCAGAGACUGUCGGUAAACAUUGCUCGAGGAAAAGAUGGUUUUGGAUUCACAAUCUGCUCCGACUGUCCAGUCAGAGUCCAGGCGGUUGACCCCGGAGGUCCGGCUCACCAGUCUGGACUCCGUCAGGGAGACUCGGUCCUGCAGCUGAACGGACUUCCUGUAGAAACCUGGAAGUGUGUCGACCUCGCCCACGCCAUCAGGAGUUGUCCAUCUCAGAUUGUGUUGGUGGUGUGGAGAGGUUUACCUGAGCUCAGGUCAGGAUGUGAAGCUUUGCUCCACCCACCAACUCUCAACAAGACAACAGGCAGGAAGUUGCUGCCUCACCCUGUCCACAGUAAACAUGGCCGCAGAUGGGGUCAGGGGUCGGGGGUCCGAUCCAGUUUGGGUUCUGCUCUGGGUUCUCUGUGGAGGGACAGGAAGGAGGACCGGGGGGAGGAGGAGGAGGAGGAAGAGGAGGAGGAGGAGGUGGCAGCACAGGAGGUGACUGAGUACUCCCCCCGCACCACCACACUAAAGGGCACCCGUGUAACAUCAUCAAAUGGGGACAAUUACAUCAUCCUGUCACCCGUCAGUCCAGGAGGACAGCUCCUGCAGCCAGUUUAUCAUGACAGGAACAGGACGAUCGGUCAUCUGUACCAGACUCAUCCCAGCAGAGGUCAGAACCUCCUCCAUGACUCUCAGCUCAGGUUGUCACGGCGACCAUUCACCAGCCGCACCGCCACCCUGCCCCCGCCCCCUUCCUCCACCUCCUCCUCCUCAUCAGCCAUGCCUGGUAACUAUGGCGACUACCAGAACUGCACCAUCGUCCAAUCCCAUCUUCCCUGCUCUGCCUACGGAACCUACGUCACUCUGGCUCCCAAAACCCUCAUCUUCCCCAUCUUUGUCCAGCCUCUGGAUCUGUGCAGCCCAGACAGGACCCUGCUGCUGUCAGAGGAAAUGACUCUUCACCAGGCUGACCUGCUGCCUACAAAGGUGACUGUGUUGAUCUACACUGACCUGCUGCUGUUAACCAGAGAAGAUGAAGCCGGACGCUGCAACGUCCUACAGAGUCCACUGUACCUGAACACACUGCAGCUCAGAGAGGUGUCGUCGGAGCCGCUCCUCCUCUACCUCCUGCAGAUGUCUCAGACUUGUUGUUGUUGCGUCUUCAGUCUCGAGUCGUUCAGCAUCGAGCAGAAGGUCCGAGUUCGUCUCUGUCUCCAUGACAACAUCCAUCAUCAGCUGGUUGCUCCUGAAACCGCUCACAGCCACCAGCCCUCUGACCUCCCCUCAGACUUUGGCCUCCUCUCUCUCGGUCAGUCUGACCUCCUCUAUCGCCCCUCCUCCCCCUACUCCUCCUCUGACCCCCCCCUUUUUCGUCCCUCUUCCCCCUACUCCUCUCUCUGUGAUGCCCUCAGACCUCCCUCCCCCUCUCCUUACACCCCCAGGUCUCCCUUCUCCUCUUCCACUUCUCCUCCGCCCUUCUCCUCUCUUUCUCCGUACACCUCCUCUUCUUCCUCCCCUCCCUCCAGGAACAUCAACGCCGUGCCUCACCUCCUCCUUCCUCCACCUUCCCCGUUGUUGUCCUCCAUCCAGAGGAGUCCGGUCUGGAAGGAGAGGGGAAGAACAGAGGAGGAGGAGAGGAUGAAGAGGAGAAGGAGGGAGGAGGAGGAGGUGGUGGAGGAGCGGCAGCAGGGGGAGGGGGAGAGUGCCUCAGAAACCUCAGAGAAUGUGGGAGGUGUGGGGGGUCUCCUGCUGAGCCCCACCCACUUCAACAUGAAGGAGGAGGAGGAGAGUGAUGAUGAGGAGGAGGGAGGAGGUGCUGAGGUGUUCAGCUCCACCUACAGACCUGCAGUUCUGCGCCGCUCGCUCUCCGAGGGUUCUCUGCUACAGGAACCUCGAUCGCCCCGCUUCCUAUCAGACAGCACCAUCCAUCAACUCACCCGUCUCACGACCUUUGACCUCGACCCCAGCUCAGACCACGCUCCCCAACUCCCCUCCCCCCACACCCUGAGGAAACAGCUGACCAGAGAGGGGGGGUCUCUGCACCACAUGCUGUUGCUGCUCAACGGCUCCAAGAACUCAGAGUCCAGAAACCUUCAGCUGAGGAAGAAGACCAAGAGUCUAGCCGCUGAUGUUCGGAGUCGCCUGGCGUUUCUACGGCGACGGAAAAACAGCUGUUUCCAUGGUAACAGUUUGGAGAAAGCUCUGAGAAACAACAGACCGUCUCCAGGGGAGGUGCUGAGGUGGGCAGAGAGUCUGGAGGCUCUGCUGACCAAUCAGUAUGGCUUGGCUGUUUUCCGUCACUUCUUGAGGUCGGAGUUUAGUGAGGAGAACUUGGACUUCUGGUUGGCUGUGGAGAGAUUCAAGAAGACACACUCCCUGAGCAAGAUGGCUGCCAAAGCUGCAAAAAUCUAUGAGGAGUUUAUUUCUACCAAUGCAACGAGACAGGUCAACGUGGACUCGUCUGUCAGAGAAUCGACCAAUCAGAGCCUGCGUCUCGGCAUUAACUCUGCCUCCUUCCAACUGGCCCAGGAUCAGAUUUUCGGCCUGAUGGAGGCUGACAGUUACCCACGAUUCCUCCGGUCCUGCCUCUACACCCAGCUGACCAAUCAGGGCACACAGCUAGCCACAAUCUUGGUCAAUCAGGGCGAAGCUGGGUCUGUCAGCCAAUCAUGAAUGAGACUGAUGGUCAGCCAAUUGGGGGCUUCAAUCUGAUCAGAGCCUCUGAAUGGCUGACCGUUGGUUUCUGUCAUACUUUCAGAAACCAACAAAAGACAGUAUCUACCCAGGUGCACUGUGGGAAAUGUAAGAUUCACCAUUUUUGGACUAAACAUCAGGAGAUCUCCACCUCUGCUGCUCAGAUUUCUGGUCCAGAUCUUUUCAAUAGACCCAUAGAAUUAUUCAAAUAACCAGUUUAUAAAAACUCAUGUUUUAUCACAUUCAAAACUGUCAGCUGAAUCUGAUCUGAGUCAAAACUGAAAGCUCAUCAUUUACUUCAACAUGAAAAGAUUAAAGUAGUACUCUUAAAUUAUAACCCAGAUAUUUUAACCUAAAACUGUUUGACGUUGUCUCUUUUGAGUCCAGAAAUGAUAAAGUAACUUUUUGGAUUCGCACGAAAUUUGGUUCAAACAUUCACGUUCCCACUCAUUGAAUCUGACUGACUUUGAUCCUUUAACUUUCCAUCUAGUGCCAUCAUCAUGUCAGUUUCUGUUUUAAUUUACUUUAUGAUCAAAUUCCUGCAGAGCUAAUGACGUUCCUGUCAGUUUCAGUUGUUCGCUGUGUGUACUACUAAUGAGCUAAAGUUAGCAUGCUAACACACUAAACCGAGAUAGUGAACAUGGUAAACGUUAUAUCUGCUGCUAAAUAUUAGCAUGUUAGCACUGUCAUUGUGAGCAUGUUAGCAUGCUGAUGAUAGCUUUUAGUAAAGGCUCACAGAGCUGGUAGCAUGAGUGUUGACUGUCAGACACAAACAUCUAAGUUUGAUUUUAUUUUUAUCUGUUACAACAGAACCAAGAGACGUCCUGAAAUCAGGAGAAUAAAUAACAACAGUUUGUUUUUCAGUAACUGUUUCAGAUAUUUUUAGUUGUUUUAUUACAGAUUUUUAACAGAAGUUAGUGAAGUGGAUGUUUGUUAUCAGAGGAGUCAACUUAAACUGCAACUGAACCUGAAAACAUGAUGAAGUCUAAUGGAAUCUGUUUUACAAUAAAUGACACCUUUGUUGGA